UUUAUCUGAAUUAUUAGAAUUAGAGAUUCCAUUACAACCAAGUUUGUUGUUACUGAAUGAUGACUCACAGUUUGAAUGUACAGAGAAACAGUGAAAAGUGUGGCUUGCAGGCCUAACAGCAGCAAAAAAACUAAUUGUUCAGAGGUGGCUCCUCUAUGGGACUUCGUCAUUUAUAAAUUAUGCUUCAAAAAACAGCUUUAAAAAUAACACAAGCCUCUAACCAAUCAUAUUGUACCUUAAAUUUGUCAUCUAAAAUCCCCUCUAACCAAUAAAAUCAAAGAUUAUCUGAUGUCAGGAUGUCAUGUGAUGCAACAAGGAAGUACAGGAGACAAGAGCACAUGUUAGGUCACAUGCAUGACUAGCAUCAUGGAAGUGUCCAAGUUUUAUGGUAAGGUGAGAGGGACAGCUAUGCCUAUUCCUGCGGGCAGUGAGGACAGUGAAUCCAGCAGUGAUGAGGACGAGGUAGUUGUAAGAGUGGAGCCCAGUGUAAGCAAUGAGCAACAGGAAGACAGCGACAAUGAGGGAGAUGGUAGUAACGAAGGACAGGACGAGAAUGAGGAGCCAGACAGUGAGGAGGCUCUUCAACCAGGGAUAGGCCGUAGGUUGUUGUGGAAGUCAGCGAUCCGUGCCCAUUACCCAGUCCCUGCCUGGAAGAUAUGUCUGGCCACAGCAGAAAGGGUGCAUUCACCAACCUAUUGUUUUAGGCAGAUGUUCUCCCCUGAGUGCUUCAAACACAUUGUAGAGCAGAUCAAUCUCUACUCUGUACAGAGCAAUGUAAACGCACCCCUGAAUUGUUCAGAGAAAGAGAGAGAGCAGUUCAUUGGCUGUGCCUUUCAUAUGGGCAUUUAUGGUGUUCCUGCACAACACAUGUGCUGGCAGACACACUCUCGCAUUGACAAAAUUGCUGAUGCAAUGCCAAUGAGAAGAUGGGAACAGAUCAAAGCCAACCUCCAUUUCAAUGACAACACUAUGGAGGGCCCUCAUAAUCUAGGCCAAGAUCCGCUCUUCAAGAUCAGACCAUUUCUUGACUUUACAGUUGAGACCAUGAGAAGCAUCCCUUUGACUGAGCAUCUAAGUAUUGAUGAGCAAAUAAUCCCGUUCAAAGGGAAGAGUCAUUUGAAAAACUAUAACCCCAAAAAGCCCCAUAAAUGGGGUUACAAGGUGUAUGUGCUCUGUGACUCCAAGGGUAUGGCAUAAGAGUGUAGCAUCCAUAAUA